CCGUCCGUGAGCGCGGCCGAUCGAAUCUCGCCUCAGAAAGAACGAGAAAACAAACAAACACGACCUCUAAUCAUCACUUCCGAGUUCCGAAAGCAGCAAAAGGGUGGAGGGGAAGGAAGGCAGCCAACAGAAAAAAAAAGCUUUUGGAGGAGCAGCCGCCCCCAAAAGCGCAGGCGAGGAGAUGUUCCCCGGCCUGAUCCACCGCCUCCCGGACACCGCCGACGCCGACGCGAUGCGCGGGCACGGCGGCGGCCCGAGCGUGGUGCUGACGGCCGACCCCAAGCCCAGGCUCCGCUGGACGGCCGACCUCCACGACCGGUUCGUCGACGCAGUCGCCCAGCUCGGCGGCCCCGAGAAAGCGACACCAAAAACUAUCAUGAAGACAAUGGGUGUGAAGGGCCUCACCCUUUUUCACUUGAAAAGUCAUCUUCAGAAAUACCGAUUGGGAAGGCAGUCCGGCAAAGAGUUGACGGAGCAAUCGAAAGAUGCUUCUUAUCUGAUGGAGGCUCAAAGUGGAACAAAUUUAUCUCCUGGAGUUCCUACUCCAGAUUUGAAAGAGAGUCAAGAAGUCAAAGAAGCACUGAGAGCACAAAUGGAAGUGCAACGAAGAUUGCAUGAACAAGUGGAGGUUCAGAAGCAUAUGCAGAUCCGAAUGGAGGCGAACCAGAAGUACAUCGACACAAUACUAGAGAAGGCAUUCAAGAUAGUAUCUGAGCAACUGAGUGGCAUGAGCAUAUCUGACCAUGACCUGUCAGAUCCAUCCUCUGCCGGGAUCAUGUGUAGCCCUGCAGAUCCCUUGAGCUCCUCAGUUUUCCAUCAGCUCUCCGUCUUCCCUGGGGGCAAAGCCCUUCCAUCUGAUGCCGUCGAUGGGCAUCUGUUCUUCGAGAAGCCACCUGAACUCAAGCGCAAGUUACGUUGAGAUAUAUCAUCAGCCACGUGCAAAUGCAUGACUUGGUUACAUUAUGGAAAAACCAGAGGAAUUUCGUCUAAUAUCUGCUGGGUGCAGUCGUUGUCAUCCUCUUGCAACUGUAGCACAUAUAUGAAGAACAAGAUUAAGUUGUUCUAUUUCGGCCAAUCUAGACUGACCAAUGUUAAUAUCUAAUGUCUAGUAGACUAGAUCAAGUAAUUCACUUGAUGUCUAAACUGUUGUAGAAUUCAGAGUUCUAACAUCUCGUUCAACGCACUUUGAUUAUUUGUGGAAAUGUGCCACUGCAAAGAUCAGCUUAUUUGUGCA